CGCCCAGCAAAUAAGAAAUUACUGAAAUGGGAAGUUUAAAGUUUCUUACACGAGAAGAAAAAAUAUAUUACGAGGAAAAUGGAUUUAUUAAACUCUCGGGCUUGUUUACCGAAAACGAAAUGAAAGAAAUUUCUGAUGCCUACGAUGAACUAUUUGAAAGGAAACAUGAAGAAAGCCGCCAGGGACUCGAAGCUGCAUGGAAAGGAGAUGCAAUGAAGAAAAUUGCACAAAAUGGAGAUUACACGGUGAAGGCCAUUCACAAUUUACAAAUGCAUAGCGGAGUCUUCACAAAAACAAUAGCAAAUCCAAAAUUAUUGGACGCCUUGGAAGACAUCAUGGAAACUGAAAAUAUCUUACUGCACCAUACGAAAGCCCACAUAAAGCCUCCUGAGAAUGGUGCACCGUAUUUGAUGCAUCAAGACUACCAUUACUUUCCGUUCAAAAGACAUACAAUGCUAGCCGUUUUUCUCCAUAUGGAUGACACUACACCGGAAAAUGGUGGCUUAGCUAUCUACCAUGGUAGUCAUAAAUCAGGCCCUCUUGAAGAUUUCGGCGGAAAAGAAACCGACGAAAAGUUCCACUGGGUUGACCCGCAACGUUUUCCUCUUUCCGGAGCGACGCCAGUCUCUGCUAAAAAAGGGGAAAUCGUUAUAUUUUCGUACCUCACUUUACAUGGUUCUUAUCUUAAUAAAUCCACCAAAACUCGUCGUAUGUUUUUAAUACAAGUUAGAAACGCUGAUGAUGAACCUUGUAAAGAUGUUCAUAAGUCUCCAUGUCAAGGACUUGUUCUACGCGGAAAGAAUGUCAAAAGAGAUGCUGCAAUGGCUAAUAGAUUUGUUCAUUAAGUUAAUAAUUAUCGAGAAAAAACAGAACUGAAUGUAUCUUUUCUGUUCUGAAACUUUCAGAUCGUACUUAUUAUGUUUCUGGAUUACUUGAUUAUGAUCUUCUUUCCUGGUAUGAUUAUUAAGCAACAACCUUGAAGAAAGAACCUGAAAGAUUAAAUUGUUUUCAGUCGACAAAUAAAAACUGUACUGCUUAUUAAAUUUAA